AUGACCAACUUCAAGGUCGACAUUGUAAGCGACACGGUGUGCCCAUGGUGCUAUGUAGGCAAGAAGCGCUUGGAAAAGGGUAUCGCGGCCUACAAGGAGAAGCACCCUGAUUCCACAGACACUUUCGAUACCAACUGGUUCCCCUUUUACUUGAACCCCGAUGCGCCAAAGAGCGCCGACAAGCAACAACUGUACGAGUCGAAAUUUGGCAAAGAGCGCACAGCAAUGAUGCAAGAGCGCCUCUCACAGAUUGGCAAAGAGGAGGGAAUCAACUUCAAAUACGGCGGCAAGACUGGAAACACACGCGAUUCGCACCGGCUCAUACAACUUGGAAAAACCAAGGGUCCGCAAAUGCAGACCCGAGUGAUCGAGGAGCUCUUCGCUGCAUACUUCGAAAAUGAGAAGGAUAUUACUACCCAAGAGAUCUUAACCGAGGCAGGUGUCAGAGCUGGGCUGAAUGAGAAAGAGAUCAAGGAUUGGUUGGAGGCAGGCAAGGGAGGCCCUGAGGUUGAUAAGGAAGUGCAGCAGGCGCGUCGACAACAAAUCACUGGCGUUCCCAAUUUUACCAUAAACGGCAUGUACGAAGUCGGCGGAGCACAGGAUCCGGCUGCCUUUGUACAGUUGUUCGAGCGAUUGAAGAGACAGGAAGGUAACCUCGCAAGGGGUCUACUCCUUCUAGGCGAGAACUGCUACGUGACUGUAGGUGUAAAGAUGGAGCUUCUCACACUUGUCUUGGGCAGUGCUCUGUUCACUGCAGUUGUACUCUUCCAAUUGUCGUUCUUGAGUCGCGCACCGAAGCCCUUGGCUUGGUGCCUCCCAUCCAGUCUCCACAGGGUCGGCAGUCUCUACACCCUAGCUAUGGCAUGGUUCAGACGCAUCGACUGUGGAGCCGUGGUUGCACUGAUACAUCAACCCAGUCCAAACGACGAGAAAGAACGUACGGUCCAAAAGAUCAUAGCAUUGGCGGAACACCAUGAGAUAGCAGAGCUAUUGAGUGAUAUGAUUCAGAAAGACGGGGCAAAUUCUUGGCCACCGAACACCAAUCACGCACAUACGACCUGGCCUACGCCUCUACAGCCGUACAAAGAGAUAUAUCUGGAACUCGCACCCCUCCUUCCCCAGGCGACCCCUUCUCUAGAUGAAGAAGUCAACAUCUUACGUAUAGAGAAUUUCCGACAGCGAUUCCGCGAUCUACUCCGUGAUCGCGUUGAUCUCGUCGAAGUUGCAAAGCUUUUCCAAGCAACUGAUGCGGGAUGUUGGAUUGACUUUACCCGCGAGACGUACAAUGCCUUUUACUGCUGUGUUGCCGUCAGCCGACAUGCGUAUAGAUGGGCCACCAUACCCAUCGUCAAAGUCGCCCAACGGGAGAGAGAAGUUGACUUGCCUAUCGAGUUGGUUGAACCUUGGAUCGCAAUGCAGAGACACUUCGGUUGUGCGUCUGACGCAGGGAACAAUACAAGCAACGUUUUGCUCAAUUUCGAUCGUAGGGGCACCUACAUACACAGGAUCAACACAGGAAUGGAGCUGCAAGUGACAUGUAGCGAAGAGACUUUCUUCCGCAUCUUCUACGACCUCGAAGUCUUCAGUGUGCCCGUCUACUACGAUAUGGCACAAUCGAUCAUUACCUUCAUGCGUGGUGACAAGGCAGCUUGCGCCGUCCAUGUUGCAAAUAUUGCAUCGCAGAUGCGACUUGUACUCGGCACCUACAUGGACAAUGUGCAUGAUAAGAUGAUUGCACAUUCUGUCUGGCUGUCAAAGGUGCAGGGCUUCCAGGCGUGGGGCAUUGGUCAUUACGACAAGGUAACAGACAAGUGGGAGACGUUUGAUGGGCUUAGCGGUAAUCAGGUACUGCUCUUCCAGGCGCUAGAUGCGUUUUUGGGAAUUGAUCAAUAUCUUGCGCCAAGAGACAUGGAAAGGAACUUGCCAAAGAGGCAGAGAGAAGUAUGCUAUGCUUUCAGAAAACACUCAUUUCGUCGAUCAAUCGGCCAGGCAGACAUUCACGACAAGAAUAUCGUGGAAAUAGUGCGGAGUUUUGAGGAGAUCCUGAGACGGCUGAGAUUGUUCCGGGCAGCGCAUCGUACGAGAUCGAAAGCCUAUCUAUCUCAGCCUGCACCUGAACGGAUGCCUAUGACAGCUGGCAAGUCGUUACUGGAUCCAAGUCUUGAUGCCAGUCUGGCGUUUCUCGACGGCUUCAUGGUUCGACGGCUGGCGCAGACGGUAUAG